GCGCUCCCAGGCUUCUGCGCCUGCGCAUGGCCGUGCGCCUCACCCCUUGCCCCGUGGCCCACGGGUCCCGAUGCCGAUAUGGUGCUGUCCGAGCUGGCCGCGCGCCUGAACUGCAGCGAGUACAAGAACUGGGUGAAGGCAGGCCACUGCCUGCUGCUGCUGCGCGGCUGCCUGCAGGGCUUCGUCAGCCGCGAGGUGCUCGCCUUCCACCGCGGCCUGCUCGCCGCCGCCCCCGGCCUGAGCCCCCGCGCCACCUGCCGCAGCGGCUCGCGGUGCAGCCCGCGUGCCCGUCAGUUUCAGCCUCAGUGUCAGGUGUGCGCAGAGUGGAAACGGGAAAUUUUGAAACAUCACACCAACAGAAAUGGAGAUGUCCACUGGGGAAACUGCCGGCCGGGCCGCUGGCCGGUCGACGCCUGGGAGGUGGCCAAGGCCUUCAUGCCCCGAGGACUGGCAGACAAAACGGGACCCGAGGAAUGUGACGCGGUUGCUCUUUUAAGCCUCAUCAACUCCUGUGAUCACUUUGUGGUUGAUCGAAAGAAAGUCACAGAGGUGAUUAAGUGUCGUAAUGAAAUCAUGCACUCUUCAGACAUGAAAGUAUCUUCUGUGUGGCUCCGGGACUUUCAGAUGAAGAUCCACAAUUUUCUGAAUGAAUUCAAGAAUAUCCCAGAGAUCAUGGCGGUGUACUCUCGAAUAGAGCAGCUGUUGACAUCCGACUGGGCUGUUCACAUCCCUGAGGAAGAUCAGCGAGAUGGGUGUGAAGAUGAAACAAGAAUUUACUUGACGGAGAGCCAAGUCAAUGAGAUAGAAAUGGAAUUACUAAAGGAAAAACUUCAAGAGCUGUAUCUUCAAGCAGAGGAACAAGAGGUGUUGCCUGAAGAGAUCUUAAAUCAACUGGAAGUGGUGAAAGAAUUUCUGAGAAACAACAAGGAUCUUAGAAAUGGCCUCGCAGAAGAUAUGCACAAGCUGGACAGCCUGCAUCAGCAGCAUGAAAAACUGGAUUCGAAGGAACCUGGGGCACAGACACCCGAGGGGAAGACCUGAGUUUGACUGUUAACACAAAUCAGGCAUGUUCUGUGAAAGUCAGCCCAGCUUCCACCUCAGCCACCUUUUCCAUGGAAGAGGAAAAACGCACCAGAGUAUGCCACCCAAAGAGGAGGGAAUCUGUGUUGUCUUUUUUCUGGACUUUCUUUCCUUUGAUUCUUUGAGACUGUUUUUAAAAUAUGCAUAAGCUUGGUGUUACGUGAUCUGGACCGACCAAAAGAUAUUAGCUACUCUUAUGCCAAACUUGCUCUCAUUCAGGGGUUUUUGUUGUUUGGUUGGGGGAGGGGGUUGUUUUGCUUUGCUAUUUAAAAGGCGAGUUUCUUUUCUGAUCCCCAGACUCUGCGUAAACAGCAAAGGCUGUGUUCAGCUGGCCUGUGUGAAGGGUCACACAGAGUUCUCUGCCCACUGGCACACAAGUCCUGUCCCCACACCCCUGCCUGGAAGUCUCACUCAUGAGGAUGCCCAAGGCGCAGCUGUGAUGUCAACGUUGCGAUAGAAGUCCUUCCCUUUUCUUUCUUUCUUUCUUUUUUUUUUUUUUUUUUUGCUGGAAGGCAAGGAAAGAAUUGGCCUGAAAGUCCAUUUUCUAGCCAUUUCCAAUUACUACCGAACUUUUACUACCUAUUUCUGGUAGCCUGAGGCAGUAGGACAAGGAGCAGGACACAGGCCACCAUCACAGGGAUGUUCUAGAAAGUUCCACAGUUGCAAGCUUGUUUAUGUACCCUUAGGAAAAGUCAACUCCUGUGGCAAUCAGUUGUUUCUGUCCCAUUGUGUCCUGUGCUCAAUGAAUAUUUGUUGACUGAAGAGUCAGUUGAUCGCUUAGAGGUAUAAAUGUUAGUUACACUGUUAACUAAACCUGGUCCUUUGUUAUAAGAUGGAAGAAUGACAUUUUAACAUUUUUAAGGAAGUUCAAAGACAUCAUUUUCUUUCAAAAAACUUACAAAUUCAGGAGUUCCCGUUGUGGCUCAGUGAUUAACAAAUCCGACUAGGAACCAUGAGGUUGCAGAUUCGAUCCCUGGCCUCGCUCAGUGAGUUAAGGAUCCUGCGUUGUCGUGAGCUCUGGUGUAGAUCGCAGACUCAGCUUGUAUCUGGCGUGGCUGUGGCUUAGGCCAGUGGCUACAGCUCUGAUUCGACCCCUAGCCUGGGAACCUCCAUAUGCCGCGGGUGCAGCCCUAGAAAAGGCAAAAAGACAAAAAAAAAAAAAUUUACAAAUGCAUUCAUACUUCCUCCUACCCAAAAGGUCAUCCACUUUUGAUUUUGUUCUGCUUGUUUCCUGAACCGGAAACCCCCUGUCCCAUUGUUUGAAGUGGUCUGUGGGAUCAUGUUUAAGCUCGCCUUCCCCUAUGUCUGCUCAUUUCCAAAGCCAGCGGUCCUGAACUAGGCCAUGUCACUCCUGGACCCUCAGGGACGGAAUCGUCACAUUCACCACUGCCUGGAGAAGAUGCUUUGGAUCCGAGCCCAAGUAAAGCCAUGCUGCCUUGCUUAUGCCCCUGCCCAUCAAGGAUGUGAUCUGUGAUCUGUAGAGAAUGGGCAGGUGGAGGGGGGCCAUAUAUUUGGUAUGUUUUUACAUUAAAACUUACUUGAUGUAAAUCUGUAA